CUCGCCUCGCCUCUGUCUGUCUGUCUGUGCCGAGUGAGUGUCUGCGUCGCUACCUCCUCCUCCUUUUCUUCUGUCUCCUGCUGGUGCUUGUUUGGCUCUGUGCGUGUGUGUGUGGGUGUCCGUGAGAGUCUGUGCCGGAGGGGGGAGGCCAUUGGCACUGGGGGAGCGUCGGGGCCUUGAGGGGAGGGGGAGAGGGAGAGGGGAGUGGGGGUGGCUAAAAGCGCCGGUGGCACGGAGCAUCGGGCUAUUGUGUCAUUGUGCUGGCUUUCGAGGCUUGGGCAUUCCCCGCGCGUUUGUUCGCUGGGUCGGGUAACUCGGGUUGCUUUUGGCAGAGAGGCCCGCGUGGACUGAGAGACGAGCGCCGGGGGCGAGAGAGAGAGAGAGAGAGAGAGAGAGAGAGAGAGUGGGGAGUCUGGGGGCCGGGCAGGAGGAGGAGCCGGGUGGGGGGGACGUAGUGUAGAAGUCGAAGCAGGCGCCGAGGGAAGGUCGGGGCACGAGAGCGGAGUAUCUUGGAGGUGUUCGGGUUGCGAUUUUCGUCGUGGCAGGCCGGGCGGGCUCGCUGGCUGGUUGGCUGCGAGGGUGGUGCCUAGAGUUCUUGUGUAGAAGCUUGAGAUUCCGCCCGGGUCCUUUGUGGCUCUAGGUUAUGAGUUGAAGGUCGGGUUUGCGAGGCCUCCGUGCACAAUUGGCUUGAUUCCUUCAUCUGGAUUUGAACCCCGGAGUGUUGUAGGGCUGUGAGGAUGUGCAGGCGGAUCCGGAAGAGAGGGAGAGGUACCUUUCGUCAUCAUGCUAUAGAAGUUCCUGAUUUGAUUUCAGGAACUGGACCUCUCACAGUACGCUGAGGAGCAGCGUUUGAAGUUAAUUGGUUAGGUCGUGGGCCCUAUGGAAAGAGGGUGGAAUGACACCACCUGUUCUGGCCCAGAACGACCUCGACUGGGUCAACAGCCAUAUGAUCGAGGGCGUGUUGUACCGAAUGAUCGGAGGAGCUGUUUUCAGUGUGGGCAAGAGGGACAUAUUUCUCGAAACUGUCCAGUGGAUGCCAGAAAUUAUGAGUCUAGAUACAUGGACAGGCCGGGAGGAUUUUUCAGUCGUUGGCCUCCUGAGCAUUGGCAGCCCUCACGACCUCCGACAUCCUUUCACAAAGAGAGUGGCAAUUUUCGAGCUGAUCACAACAGGGAAAAUAAUGGUCAUGGACGGCGAGUACCGUUCGAUGAUCAGGCUGAAUAUUAUUUCCGGCCGCGAGAUGUUGGGGACCGGACGAGGGAAAAUGAGAGUAGUAGGGGUCUUGAUACGGGUGUUUCCUCCCAUUCGAGUUUCAGGGAAAGGGAUUCGAAGUCGAGCCGAAACGGUGUUCGUAAGCCACAAGACAUGCCACAUCAGACAACAUUGGGACAUCGACGAGACGAACACAAAGAGAAGGAAGGUCUUAAAGACGAAGGGAAGGGUGGAAAAUCUCAGAGGGUGGAUGCUCAUUUGGAAGUAAAGGUCUGUAGUUCUACGAAUGGCGUUGUUACUAGUGAAGGAAAUGUUGAAAGUCAACGUGGAGGUCAGGUUUCAAAAUCGAGUGCGAAAGUGUCUCACUCAGAGUUGGAAGUGGUGAGGAAGGAUAGCGUUCCCGUUUUAGAAGAAGGUGCAAGGACUUCGACUAAAGAAGUGGAUCAUCAAAAGUUGAGUUCAGGGAGUGACAUUCACGGAGCUGUCUCUGAUAAGGAUAGGAACCGACGGUGUGAGAAUGGUGGGAAAAGAGUCCAAAAGUUGCCCAAAGAAGAUGCAGGUCGAACUAGUGACACAAGUUGCAGUCGAUCACAUCCUAAGCUCCCCCUGUCCGUCUUAUGCAGCAAGGCUAUCGAAAAUGGGCCCGAGGGAAUAUCAGAGAGGAAAGCAAGUACCGACUUUCCAGUACUGAUUUCCGCACCUGAAAUUGAAUUGGCUGUGCCAGUAUGCUCUGUGUCAGGGGAUAAGAAAACAGUCAAAGACGAGGCAUCUGCUGAUAAACAGGACACGAACGCGAGUUCCGCCUCUCUACCUCAGGAUUUGAAAGAAGUUGAGAAGACGAAGAUGUUUGAGACUCAAAAUUCUGGUAAAGGCGAAACGGAUUCAAUUGUAGAUUGCUCCAAGGCCAAGCAAAGUGAGAAGGCAAGAGACGUGGUUGUCGAAGAUUCUGUUUUAGCAGAUGCGAAAAGGUCUACCAUUACGGGUGAAGCUCAAAAUAAGCCCGGUAAAGGGAAACGCACUUCAAGGUGGGAUACUCCGAGAGUUUUACCGAGAGCAGAGAGUACGGCUGACGCUCCUCCCAGCUCCGAGAAAACUCAAAGCGGAGAUGCACACAAGGAAGAGAAGAAUGUGGCGUCUAGUAAAGAGAUCGUCCCCGAACCUCUGCAGCUUGCUGAUAAACUUCACCAGAGAGAAGUAGUCGAAGAUGAGAAGCUUACGGUGUCAAAUAAGGAUCGUAGUACGGAAGUUGUUGUUCAGAACUGUGAAAGUAAAAGGGACUCGGCGAAAGAGGAAAAGGUAGGCACAAGUACCAAGGACUUGACGGUUGGUGGUUCUCAAUCAGAUGAACAUAAGCUUCCAUUAUGCAGGGGAAUACCCGAGCAAGACAACAAGCGUCGGCCGGACUGUGACAUUUCUCAUACUGUUAGCCGCGUACCUGGAAAUGAUGAUUCUGAUGUAGAGAAAGACCCAUUAGUGGCUCAACCUGAGUCUGGGCCAUCGAGUUGGAAUAAAAGGCGACAUUUGCGAGAGAGGAAUCACGAGCGGGAUUGGGUGGAGCGAGAGAGUGGAUAUGAUGGUCGUGGAAGAGAAUUGGACUCUGACCGCCUUGGUGUAGGUGUUGAGAGGUGCGCAGAGAAGGAUAAUAUGAGGAGGCAAUCGGAACAUGGCUCCUUAUCUCCCAUGAGGAGGAGGAUUGGUAGCAGGGAGACGGAUAGCACACAUGAUGCUCACACAGGAUACCGUAGUCGAGAGGUUAGUGUCGACAGGUCGUCUGACAGAAAUGGCUACUCCACGUAUAUGGAAAGGCUUGGUCAGAAGCCAGGAUCGAAGACACUUGAUGGUGGUCUGAAGCCUGAAUACAGACGACGCUUUGAAACCAUUGAUGGAAGGUAUGGGUUUGGGAGUUCGUUGAGUUCAGAGUGUCGGAAUGGCGAAGAUGGUCUAGAGCGGCGAAUGUUGGGCACCGACUUGAAGCAUUCUAGAGUACAGGAGAGUCAACCUGUCCGAUCUCAAAUUAGGCCUCCUUACGCCAAUCUUAUUGGUGCCCCUUACACGUUGGUUGUAAAUGCUCGUUGCGAACUGCAAAAGAGUCUUAGCCCAAUGGCCAUCUCCCCUCCGCCAUGUACGGCGGAAGCUGUACAUCAGCACCCGUUUUUAUCAAAUGAGGGUGAAGAGACGAUCUGUAGCACGAGUGAGUCGUUAAGUAGAGGCUGGUUAUACAAUGAUCGACAUGGAGACUUGCAGGGGCCUGUGGAGCUAGGCCAGUUACGGGAACUGCUAGAUAACGGGCUAUUGCAGUCUGAUCAUUUGGUGCGUAGAGAAGGAACCAAUGAGUGGGUUACUUUGGAGCAUGCAGGGUCACCUCCUUCUAACUGGCUACCAAGCUCACCUAGAAACAAACAGCCUUCGUCGUUAAGUUCUUCUGGAUUAUCUCAAGCAUCCCCACUAUCUUGUCCCCCACACAGUCAAGAUAGACUGAAAGACGAGCUUGUGGCUGUGGAGUAUGCCGAUCAUGAUAUAUGCCCACCAGGAACAGAGGUAUCAAACGCCGCUUCCUCGUUAGGUGGAGACUUCGAGGAUCUCCACAUUGAUGAGCGUGUGGAGAAACUCAUGCAGGGCUUCACAUAUGUUCCUGGCAAGGAAGGAGAAAUUGUGUAUGAAGCAUUGAGCAGUGCAGCAAGUCGUGUUCGUGAGGCACUGGGUUAUGAAACAGAUAAUCUCAAUGAAGAGUCUCCUCGAUCGCAUGGUGGAUUUGCUAAUUUGGGUGACCAGUGGAAGGAUGGUGACUUUGGAAGCGAUGUUCAAGGGCUAGAAGCUAGUGGGAAUGAUCAACAUGUUUCGAAAGCAGACGAUAAGUUGGAAGAGAAAGGGAUGGCAACUGUACCAGAUGCGGCGGUUGAAGUUGUAAGUGUUCCUAAGCCUCCUCCUCCAGUUCUUUGUAGGAGGAAUCGUCUGGUGGAGAAAAAACCUGAGUUGUGGACCUGGCCCGCGAGAGGUGGUGACUGGAAACUCUAUGCAUACCAAGUAGAAAAUCCACAACCUGUGGUCGGGGAGAAGGCGCAAGUACAUUCAUUGGUACAAAAGAAGGUGGUUUUAAAUGGAGGACAUCCUUUCUGCGAUGGUAAAGUCCGUGAUCCACGUGAUCAACGCAAGCGUGAUCCCCGCAAGCGAGAGUUGCAGAAUCCGGCAGAGGAAUCUGCUAAGCUUAAUGGGGUAGAUUGGAGCAAGCUGGAAGUCCCUAAAUUUGCGUUGAAACUCGGUAACACUACUGACGAUCCUAAUGUGACCCAAAGUCAACACCUCAUGACCACGCCCAAGGGGGGCCACGCGGCUACCACAAGUGUUCAAGGCUCCACACCAAGUGCCCAUCUUACUCAGGGUCGCCUAAGCUUGGGUGGUCCAGGGACCGGUUCGAAGGCAGCCAAAGUCAGUUCCACACUUGCCUUGGUUCCUGCUACUGGCACCAAAUCCGGUGGUCCCGUCAUCCAUCCACAAGCAGUAAGCAAUAGUGCGAGGAUUGUACAUCAGUCAAGCAAGCACGAGCUACUUAUUGUGAAGAAGAACUCAAUUUUCAACAAGCAUAGGAGUUUACCACGAGCGGCAGGAGUUGGUGACGGUCGACUUAAGCCUACUUCAGAGCGCAUUUUACAACAAACUGGGAGACCUGAAGCAGCUGUGCGAGACCGGCCUUCUGAACACCAGCAAGGGUUCGAUGGGGAGCCGUCCAAGGUUGUUCCCAAGAAAGUGUUUUCCAGGAGAGAUCUACCGUCAAGGGAUACUUUGAAACUUCAUGAUGGACCUUGGUUUUAUCUGGAUGGAAUGGGUCGUGAAAUGGGGCCUUUUUCACAUGCAGAGAUACAGUCUCUGGUUUCGAAUCAGAAGCUCUUUGAGGGUUCGUCUGUGUAUAGGAAGGAUGAUGACUUAUGGGUUCCUGUCAGUGUACCCUCUAUAGAACGUCCUAUUUCUUCGCCAGCUGAUUCAGGUAUCCCGUCCGAAAGCGGACAAAAGUGUCGUCUAGCAUCGCUAACGAAACCCCCAGCUGCGAAACAUACGUCGGAGUCAUCUACGAUUCAAACCUCUCUGAACGAUGGGUCGCGCUACAGUCCUUCAGAACCUUUACCUCCAGCUGUUUCUGUGUCUGAAAACUCGGAUCCCAAAAGCAGAGAGUCAUGUGCACCAACCAAUAACGUUUCAAAAGCUGUUUCUUUUCAUGAUAUCCACCCACAAUUCUUGGGAUUUACCCGUGGCAAGCUCCACGAAUACGUGAUGAAAUCUUUCAAAAGCGCGUCUCUACCAGCCGCACUAUAUGAAGGUCUGGAAAAAUGGUUCCAGGCAAAGGAGAAAGAAAAGAUUUCCAUAGCACCACUGCCCGCUCUUCAUGGAAGCCCGGCAUCGAGUGUUCCAACACCUGCUGCGGUAAAAUGCCGAGCUAAUGAUGAUGCCGGAGGUAGUUCUCCUCGCUACGAGAGGCAGUCACAAAAUCAGUCUGCGUUGACUGGGCGUCGUAGUGCUCACGGAACUCCCUCCAGUUCUUACGACGAUGUCGCUAAGACAGUGGAGACCGAAGCAUGGAGCCGAGCCACUUCUGUUGGUCAAAAUGGCAAAACAGGUGAGGAGUUGAGCCCAUCUAAACGAAAAGCGUGGGCCUUGGAAGAUUCAAAGCAGAAUCGUAGGAGUUCUCAAAAACGGAGGCUUUUGGAUUCUGAGGAGAGUGACGGUGAUGAGAAGGGAGGUCACUCAACUCGCGCAAUUGUAGGCGAUUUGCCGCAUCUGAUAGAUGACAAUCCUUUUAGAUCGCCUGAUAUGGUGCCACAAGACUUGGUGUCUGGAGGCCAGGAAAAGGGUUGGGCCACCUUGAAAUUUGGUACUCUGCGUAUGAUAUUCCGUCACUUACGAGGGGAUGUUAAGGCACUAACGAAUGCAUCAGCGGCCUGCAAGUCAUGGAUGGCCGCAGGGAAAGUUUGCAAGACUGAGUUGAAAUCGGUCGAUCUUUCUUCCGUCCGGGGCCAAAGGCUGGAUGCUCUGAUGGAGGCCUUACCGGGAUUUCGAGCACCGAAGCUGAAAAGAUUGAUUUUGAAGGGAUGUACAAAUGUGAAGCCUGAGUCGCUGGCAGAAGUUCUGCGAGCCUGUCCCUCCAUUUCAGCAGUUGAGAUUGAUAGUUUGGUGCCAUUCAAAGAGCUCACUCAUAUGUUCCCUAAAGUGAGGUGGGUUACUGAACAGUUUGGGGUACAGAGUCCUCGGGACCACAUUAGCCGCAAGCGAGAUGAGAUACACUUCAAAACCAAAAGCCUGAGAGUUAUAGGCGAAAGCAAAGCUGGAUAUUUGAGGGAUUCUGUGAAUAGGGAGUCUGACGACUUUGAAAUGCAUCUUGUAAGUGAUAGUGCCAGCAAGGUACGAAGCCCUAGUGGUUUCGCUUGCAACGUAAAUACGGAUCUAGAGGCCACAACGAAUGACUCUCUUCAAGACUCAGAAACCACUCACAGUGCAAGGACCCCUAAUGGAGCUAAACACUUCAAGCUGAAUAACGGUAGUAAGAAAUUUGAUUCGUCUAAUGGGUAUGCAAAGACUUCUAAGCGAGAGAACGGUGACAGCAUGUCACAUUUACCACAUGUUAAACGAAAAACUCUGACUACGUCGUCUCAUCGAAAGCACGAGCAAGCUAUAUACAGGAGAGGAAAGCCACUGAGUGGUAGUCAAAGAGGCAUUUCAGAUAAAGGUUCUGCUUCCAGUGUCAAAGGAGAAUUUCCAUCCAAAGGUUACGGUAUGUUGUCCAUGCUGGAAGGUGAGAAGAGCUUGGAGAAGGAGAUAGGUCUUCUUCUCCGAGAAAUGAUGGAAGCUGACACCAGCCGAGUUUUUCAACCGGCUAGUAUCGCUACCGAGGUCAAGGGAGAUUCGUCAAAAUCAGGAAAAACUAUUGAUCUUUGGAUGAUGGAGAAGAAACACAGGAACGGGGCAUAUUCAAGUGGAAAGAAUGGCUUCGACGCUUUUAGAGAUGAUGUGAAACUUCUAAUACGUAACGGCUUUCGGUUUUCCAGGAAUCCGCAUGAUAACCCGGUUCUUCAGGCAACCAAGAGGAUUUUCAAGGUUACGCACUCCUACUUUGAAGCCAAGGACAAUCAAAGUGCCGGUCGAUCUUCUGUCGAAAUACAAAUGCAGAGCAAAUCUUUUGGGGCUCGACCGUUCGGUAAAGUGGAAAAAGGGAGAUCGAAAGCUCCUACAAUGUCUCAACAUCGUCCUGGGAAGAAGAGGAAGGUGUGGGAGGAUGAUGGCGUACAGAAAGGGAAGAUUGGAUCUGCCAAGAAGGGUAGGCAAGGUGAUUGGAGUGAUGUAGAUAGUGACAGCGAUUCUGAACGAGAAACUCGGCGAUUUAGCAAGUCGAAGAAGGAACGGUCUUGGGAUUCUGACGAAGGGGAUAGUUCGGAAGAUGAGGAAGACGGAUUCAUGGAAGGAGAUGAAGAGGAAACAGAAACCGAGCCCUCUGACUCCGAUAUUCCAAGUGAGUCAGAGGGAGAAGAUGGAGAUUUUGAGGCUGAUAAUUACGACACAGACGACGAUAUGGAGUUUGGGUAUCUCGACUGGGGUGCACGAAUGACCAAGGCAGCAAUGGUUCCCCCUGUAACACGCAAAUACGUGGUGAUCGAAGAGUACAGGAUCGUGGCCGAUGAAGACCGGGUGCUUAAGAAAAUGCAGGUAGAGCUUCCGAAGGACUUCGCUUCGCUAACCGCCUUGGAGAAGGCCGGUGAUCACUAUUCCCAUCUUGAUAUACCCGAGAUAAAAGAAUAUCAGCCGCGUAAAAGGCUCGGUGAAGAAGUUAUGGAACAGGAAGUCUAUGGUAUCGAUCCUUAUACGCACAACCUUUUGCUGGACACCAUGCCAGUGGAAACAACAUACUUCACGGAAGCUCAGCGGCAGCAAUUUAUUGAAGAGAGGCUUCUCUUGGUGUUAAACAAGGAGGGAAGCAAGUAUACAGGCACAGGCAAGGCCCCAAUGGAGUAUCCACUAGAAAGAGUUGUUCAAAGAAUAGCGUCUGAAGCAGAGAUAUGCAAAGACUGGGCUUUGUAUGACUUUGCAGAUCAACUCCUUGUAAAUAUGAAAGCUCGGCAGAGAGACAAAUUUGUUGCAUAUCGGAAAGGGCUUGGAGUUGUUUGUAACAAGGCACAAGGCUUGGAGAAAGAUGAAUUUGUCGUGGAAUUUUUUGGAGAGGUAUAUCCACCUUGGAGAUGGUAUGAGAAGCAGGAUGGUAUCCGAUCUCUACAGAAGAAGGACAAAGAUCCGACGCCAGAGUUUUAUAAUAUAUACUAUGAACGUCCAAAGGGUGAUGCUGCUGGUUAUGAUCUUCUUGUUGUGGACGCUAUGCACAAGGCCAAUUUUGCAAGUCGUCUCUGCCACUCUUGUCGACCAAAUUGUGAAGCCAAGAUUACCGCGGUGAAUGACACAUAUAUCAUUGGAGUAUAUUCUUUGAAGCCAAUCAAGCGAGGAGAGGAGCUCACCUUCGACUACAAUUCAGUCACAGAGAGCAAAGAGGAAUACAACAAUGCUGUUUGUUUGUGCGGGAGCCAAGGAUGCAGAGGCAGCUAUCUCAAUCUUACAGGAUCUGGGACCUUUGAAGAGGUUAUUGCAAGAGAUCAUGGCCUUCUGGAUAGACACAGGCUGCUUCUGAAUGCUUGCAGUCCUGCACCUAUCACAAAUGAGGAAAUAGAAGAAAUGAGACAAGCGGGCCUCGGUUCCUGUGUGCUUUCGGGACUGCCAACAUGGGCGGUUAAGUACGCUGCACGCUUGGUUCACUUCAUGAACUUUGAGAAAACGCACCUUCCUGCGGAGCUCUUGAAAGAUUUCGAUCUGAAAAGAAAACAGGGAGUUGUGGAGGGCUCUUCCGAAGUAGACGCAGAGAUCACCACUGAGGGCGUUUACAAUCAAAGGCUACAAAAUUUAACUAUUACUCUUGACAAGGUUCGCCACAUUUUGACCGAACUUUUCGAUAAGCCUGGUUUGGCUCCACCACCAGUACGGAAGCUGGACCUGAAAGAGAUGGUUCAGUGGAUUUGGAAAAAGGAGAACUCUGUAGUUAAUGAGCUUCUUCAAUGUUUGGCACCUCAUCUGGAAAGAGAGAAAAUGUUGCAGUUCAAGGAGUCAGUAGGAAGGAACUCGCCUAAUGAUUCCGGAAAUAAUCUUCAUCUCAGCUUAUUGUGGUUGAGAGAUGCGUUAAGAAGACUUCCGGCAACUUGCAAGGCCCGACAUGAUGCAGCAGCUGAUUUGAUUCAUAUGUAUGCAAACACCAAGCAUUUCUUCGUUCUGGAGGAUUAUGCUGUUGUGAAGUCGACUCCUGUGUUAAUUACACCUCUUGACCUCGGUACCAAGCACUCCCUUACCGGAAAUCGACGUUGGAGCAAGGUCUACAGCAAAGAGUAUGUAUGGGGACAGCUUAUCAACUGGUUUAAGCAGAAGGCGGCCGAUCCUGGUGCAAGCCUUGCAAAGUCUUCUCGAGGUUGUCUCGUUCUACCCGAUGUUUCGUCUUGUUAUGCCAGAAGUAUUCAGCACGAUUUUCGUCUGGCCUAUGGUCCUAAACACCGAGAGAAGAUGAUCUUUUACAUGGAACAUAAACCAGAGCAAAAGUGGCCCAAGUCCAAAAUCUGGUCGAAGUUUUGGUCCUUCAAGAAUGAACGGGGUCUUUUCGGGAGCCCGAUGCUGGACUCUGUACUUGAAGGAAGGCCACUCAGGGAUGAAAUGAUGAGGUGGCUUAAGAUCCGGGAGGACACUUUUGUUGGGCCCUGGGACGAGCAGUAGUCGAAUCCCGUCUUGUUUUGGGAUGAGACACGAGCCUCUCUCUGCGUCAGUGGCACCGUCGAACUCCUCCAUCUGGUUCAUAUGUUCAAGAGACUUGCCCUCAUCCUGAAAACAAAAUGUUCUUCGACUACCAGCUUCUUCUCCUGUACAAAAGCUUUUCUGAAAUCAAUUGACUUACGAGGCCGAGCCAUUUCUUGUUCUCUGCGACAUGUGUAGUUGAAUUUAGUUUAGUAUGAGUAGGUUGUACCAUCAUCAUAUCAUUGAAUGGAUGAUUUAAGUGGCCGGCCACUGCCUCGCAUGAGAGGUUUCAGCAAUAAUCUUACACCCGAAUACCAAUGGAAGGUGGGUACUCAACAAGCUACCCAAAGAUCACAGAUUUCUGUCGCUUCAUCAAAGCGGACAGUGAUUGCUCUCAGCUCUUCGAGCGAGCAUCUGUAUAAGGUUUUCUUAUUGCAUGAAUGUACAUGUUGUUCAAAUAUCUCCUAUGAAUUUUGAACUUGCACUUCCUGG